AAGGAUCAGCAACAGGAAACGGGGACAGAGUGCUCCGGGCUGGCUUCCCUUCCUGUGUUUGUUCCUCUCUGCCGUCUGCAAUGAAAGAACGACUUAGUCCAUUUUCUGGUUUUUAGGGAACAAUGGCUACAGAGGGCACUUCCUCAGAAAUCAUAGAAAGACAACGAACAAAGUUGCUUAAUGUCCUCCAACAAGAUCCCGAUUCUUUCUUGGACACGCUAACCUCUCGGAGACUGAUUUCUGAGGAAGAGUAUGAGACUCUGGAGGAAAUUACAGAUCCCCUGAAGAAAAGCCGGAAGCUGUUAAUUUUGGUACAGAAGAAGGGAGAGGACAGCUGUUGUUGCUUUCUCAAGUGUUUGUCUAAUGCGUUUCCUGAGUUAGCUGCUACCUUGGCCUUCAAGUACGGAGCUCCACAGCAGGGGACGGAAGCAGCCCGGCCUGCGGGGGUGAGCCUGGAUUCGGAAUAUGCCGCGGAGAAGGCUGAGACAGCAGCGACCUCUGAAGAGGAAGCAACGCCUGAGUUUUUCACCUACGAGGAAAGUAACUCUAAGGAACCGGCUGUAUAUUCCGGGGAGAAGGAGGAGGGUCGUGGCUCCCCACAAGUCACGGAGCCGCAUUCUGUCGAAAGAGCCGAGUAUGAAGUUCCAGCAAGUAUCACAUACUUACACGAUGGACAGAGAUACGAGGAGCCAGAUGAUUCUCUGUACUUAGGAGAAGGGGAAUAUCAAGAGUCUGUUGGGUACCCUGAAGAUGUCGAGACCACUGUGGAGGAAGGGGCUUUCGAUGGCCUGCAGUGCUAUGUAUGUGACGAUGAAGAGGAAUGCGAGUAUGAAGAAACCACAGGCUUCUCUGAUGAAGAAAGUUGCGAGGCUUCAGAAACCGGCGUUUCAUUGGAAGAGGAGGAGAAAAGUACUGAAGGUAUGGAGACAGUGCGUGAGAAAUCAGGCAACUUAAUCAAUAGAUUAAGAAGGUGCCGUGGCAUACUUCAGAGAGGGAAUGAGAGAGCAAAUCAACUAAUCAGAAAUCUGGUGUUCCUUUAUCAUGGAGUUGCACUACGAGCAGCUAUUGAACAAAUGAGCUCCUAA